AUGGAGAGUUAUGCAACCACCGACAGCAGCACAAGUUCUGAAAGAAAAUGGCAUCAUUACCUUCCUUUACAUCCUAUUUUUAAACAAGACGUAAAGAUUGAAAAUGAUGCAAAAAAAAAAUCAUCCCCUAAAGUCUUAGAGCGAUUACGAGGAAAGCGUUCGUGUAUUGUCACAGCCGCGAAACUACUUUUCGUUGCAGUGAGCAAUCAAAUUCGAGUUUUAAAUAUAUCGGAUUUUUAUUAUGCAUGGUUUAAAGCAUGUGAGAAUGGUGAGCUUGAACAGACGGAAACGUGGAUGCAGAAUGCAAAAUAUUUGACACUAAAAACUCAGGCCAUCAAUUUUCAAAUCUACGCGCUUGUCAUGAACUAUACUGAAAAAAGCAACUUCAUAGCCGUAGUAGGUGUCUCGGAAUUGGCUGUGGUUAAAUUGAACGAUGAUAUUUUUAGUUAUUCAAAACAAGAUGAGAUUUCUUGCACCACACAUUUAGUUGGUCCAUUUUAUCAUGCCGUUGGUGCAAGCCCAAUCUGCAAAGUGUUAUGGCAUCCACUAAGUAGGAAUGGAUCGCAUUUAAUGGUAUUAACUACAGACGGAAAUUUAAGGAUGUACGAUAUCUUUACAAACUACAACGAGCCUACACAGGUAUUCCAAGUGAUCGAAUCAUCGAAAACGCGCAACGGAUAUGGUUGUAACCUAGACGAUGAGCCCGAGGCAGCUUCUUUCUGUUUUGGACAAAGUUCCGCCAAUUUAUGGAGUCCUUUUACAGUCUACAUUUUGAUGAAAAAUUCUGAUCUAUAUUCAUUUUGUCCGGUCACGCCUGACAAAAUGACUUGUCAAGUAUCUCAUUUCCAAAAACUAGCCUCACUGAUCGCUUCUAAUUGCCAACAACUUGCUCUCGGCACCCAAGGAAAAGAAAAAAAUGAAGAUAUUUCCUGGGUGCAUCAACGACAAUUAGAAUGGAUUUCCAGAAUUACAAGUCAAAUUCCCGAAGACUAUGAGCCUGAUAAAAAAGUGGACAUUGAUCUGACACCAGAUUCACGCGGACAACCGCAACGUCAGGGACCUUAUUUACUACAACCGUCCCCGAUCGAAUUAUCGUCGAUGGAUUGUCCGGAUGCUAGCGAUAUAUUAUGCUUGAAUACGAAGAAUAUGAAUGUGUUCGUGAUAGUAUUUGAAAAUGGCAAAGUAGAUAUUUGUCUUGAAGAUGAUAAAGUUCAGGGAUGCUGGAAAAAUCCGGAUCAUUUAGCACAGGAAACCCAAUAUCCACGGUUAAUUGUCUAUGAAUGUAUUGAUCUUGGCUUGAGCAAACCAUUUCGUCAGAGAACAGCCCUUUCUUUAAAGAACAAAGCUAUAUUGUUGGAUCCGCCAAGUCUUUUACCAGACCUAAAUUAUCGAGACACAUUUUAUGUGUAUCACGCGGCAGGCGCCCACGCGAUAAUUAUUAGAAAAUGGCUGGAAAAGAUAAAUAGGCUGUUUGACGAAGGUUUAUAUGAUGAUGAUGAUCUGGACGAUGAAGACACAAGAUCAGAAGUUCGGUGGCUUGCAACUACUAACCCAACCUCCACACCUGACCCUAUUAUCGGUUUUUGCGUAAUGAAUCACUUGCUGCUGGGAUUCUUUAUGCUCAUAGUUACAGCCAGUGGGCAAAUGUGGAGUCACGAGUUAACAACUCGCAAAUCAAUAAAGCAAAAAGAUUUGGAAGAUGAAAACACUUCCAACAUCCGCGCCACCCCAUCCAAAUUACCGGUGUACGCGAAAACAGCUAUACCUGAAUUCAUAAGCAAAUAUUUUUCAUAUGAAGGAUUACCUCGACAACCGCAUAUUCUUCCUGGGGCUAAAUCAAGCCCGUACAACUAUCAGAAUAGUGAAGCGACAGCGUCAGCCUAUCAAAGGCUUAUUAAUGAGUUUAAGAAAGAGAUAUUUGAGUUGUUGGAAGGUGUCAGAUACUUCCAAGAAAGAUGUAUUUCACAAAUACAAGUUGUUCAGCGACAACAAAAUGACUUGCUCAAACAUGAGAAAGAUUGCCAGGAAAUAGAUACUAAAUUCAGAUACAGUACGAUGGAACGCCUCGAGAAAAUAAAAGAGCGGCAAGAAGAAAUCACUAAACGAGUCAACGUGUUAUUUCAAGAAUUAUGGUAUGAUCAGCUGUCGGUUGGUGAUGAUUUUGGGAAAAAGGAUGUUCGGGAACUUGGUGAGAUAAGUAAAGAGAGCGAGGAUGUGAGGCUGAAAGUUCAAAAACUUGUAGCUCAAAACGAUAGUCUGUUAAAAGACUACAAGUUACUCUCAUUUCCACAUCAAAAAAAUGAGACAUUCACAAGAAGCGCGCGCACACAACUGCAGAAAGCCGUCUCCGAAGAGACCAAACUUUUAUCAGAGACCAAGGAGAAAGUCGAGGAAAUAAACCAGCAGUUGUCCCAUUUGGUCAUUUCGGGCACCAGUGCUUCGAAUAAAUAA